AUGACCAAAAGAUUCAGCAGUCAGAGGGCUUUAGAGCUCAUACUUGAAGAGAGCCAGGAAUACAGCGAUGUGGAAGAGGAAAACAGCUCCAGACGAAGCACUACAGGGAGCUGCUGGAGCAGCCCAAGAGCCAGCCACUGGAACAGCCGACAGACAUCUUUGUCAAAAAAUGGAGAAAUUGAAUGGUCUUCAUCCCCAGUGGGAGAACCCCCUCACACAGCUGCUAACAUAAUACGGAUGGUACCAGGGCCCACACGAUUUGCAGUGACGCAUCUUCAGGAUAUAAAGUCAUCCUUUGAGCUGCUGAUUCCUCACACAAUUCAGAAAAUUGUUCUGGAUAUGACCAAUCUUGAGGGGAGCCGCGUUUUUGGUGAGCAGUGGGAAAAAGUGGAUAUGAUGCAUCUGCAUGCCUACUUUGGCAUCCUCAUCCUUGCUGGUGUCUACAGGUCAAGAGGAGAGUCAACUGAAAGUCUGUGGGAUGCUGAGACAGGGAGAGCGAUUUUUAGAGCGACAAUGUCUCUGAAGACCUUCCGUGUAUUUUCAAGAAUCAUCAGGUUUGACAACCGGGAAUCAAGAUCUGUAAGACAGCGUGGAGACAAGUUGGCAGCAAUCCGCACUGUGUGGGACUUGUGGGUGGACCAGCUUCCCCGCCUUUACAACCCUGUGCCCAAUGUAACAGUGGAUGAACGACUUGUGGGGUUUAGAGGCCGCUGCCCUUUCAGGCAAUAUAUGCCCUCAAAACCAGAAAGGUAUGGCAUCAAAAUCUGGGCUGCCUGUGAUGCUGUUUCAUCUUAUGCAUGGAACAUGCAGAUUUAUACAGGGAAGCCAGAAGGAGGAGCUGCUGAAAGAAACCAGGGAACACGAGUGGUGCUCGAGAUGUCACAAGGCCUAAGUGGUCACAACAUUACCUGUGACAACUUUUUCACAUCUUACAACCUGGGACAGGAGCUUCUCAAAAGAAAGCUGACAAUGGUUGGAACAAUCUGCAAAAAUAGGACGGAGCUCCCACCUGAGGUUCUAACUGUGAAGAAACGACCUGUGCAUUCCUCCAACUUCAUGUUCACAGCCAACACUUCUCUGGUAUCUUACAUACCAAAAAAAGGUAGAAAUGUGUUGCUGAUGAGCACUCUACACAGGGAUGGAAAAAAAAGUAGCCAAGAGGAUCGUAAGCCAGAGGUCAUACUUGACUACAAUGCCACCAAAGGAGGAGUAGACAACCUCGACAAGCUGCUGGCCUGCUACAGCUGUCAAAGAAGAACACUGCGAUGGCCACUUGUGGUCUCUUAUAACAUGCUGGAUGUCUCAGCCUACAAUGCAUUCACGAUAUGGAUGGCAAUCAACCCAGACUGGAACCAAAGAAAGCUCCAAAGAAGACGGCUUUUCCUUGAGGAGCUCGGCAAGGCACUGGUGACACCGCACAUGCAAAGGAGACAACAUGUGCCCAGGACCCCAGCUUCUUUAGCCACAGUGAGGAGAGUGACAGAAGCUACAGCUGUCCCACCUGCACCCCUCGGACAACCACAACCUCAAGCUUCUGAAGAGUCCAAGACAGUAGGCCUGGACUGGAUCAUGUGGAAGCCUGAAGACGAGCAGUUCAAGCCUUCCUCCAAGUCCACUGGCAGCGGCACAGAUGAUCCUGGACAGAGACAACUGGAAACUCUACCUCCGUAG